AUUAGGUUGAGGCACGGGCGCAAUGAGGGACCCGACUAGAUAUCCGUAGUCUUGGUCUGAUUGCGUUCCCGGACGAGAGCCAUUAGAAAUUAGUAUGCGAGUCUUCGAUUAGAAGCACCUGGUCUCAUUCAGCCGGGCCUCCCGACCCUUGCCUCGUCCGAUGGUGGAAUUGUCCUGAAGAGCAACUCUAACUUGUACCUCUUCCUUCAUCAACCCCAUCAGCCUUCUUCUCUUCCCUCCAGUCGCCCCCGCGCGGGCGAGAGCCGCAUAACCAUGCCAUACAUCGACUUCGUGGCCAAGGACGAUCGCCUUUCGUUAUGGUACACCACUAAUACUCGCAAUGGCGCAGUCGGCGACUUCGACCCAGAAAAGCCUGUUGUUGUCAUGCUGCACCCUCUUUUCCUGGACUCCACUUGGCUUAUUAACCAGUUCGAAGACCCUCGACUCACCGAACGUUACAACUUGCUCGCUGUCGACUUGCGCUGCUCGGGCCGGAGCCAUGCUCGUCCGAGCCCCGCACACGACACCUGGGUUGACGCCGCGGACCUGGCCUUAGCGCUCAUGGCUCUGGGACUUCCACCGGCCCACAUCCUGGCCAUUGAGAAUAUUUCGGUGAAUGCGGCCCUUCGGUUAGCAGCCUUGUUUCCGGAGUUGUGCCAAAGCCUGACGCUGGUCAAUGUUCCUCCGCCUACCGAGCUUGAAUGGGUGUUUGAAACGUAUGGUGAACUCCUCAGCUUAUGGUGUCAUCCUCAAGACCUGGAUGAAUACGAACAUGCAUUGCUGGAAAUGACUACAUACUUCUUAGAGAAGGAUCCAUCCGCAGAUCUCAAGGACGAGCUCAUUGCCUACUGGACAUCACAAUAUCCUCCAUGGCGACGUUCUCGGGUCUACGAAUUGUUUCACUGUGUCCUCAACCGAACGCCAUUAUCGGAGACCGUCCUUGCAUGUAUCACGCAACCAACCUUGAUUAUCCAGUCCGACAAAACGGAUAUCAACCCAAUCAAGUAUGCAGAUAGAUUAGCAUCAUACUUGGUGAAUGUUGAGGGGAAGGCUCGGGUUCACACUAUUAAAGGCUCACCCGAAUACGUGACGGUGGUCCCUACUUGUGCUACGAUUGUGAACCGUGUCUUCGCCGAGUUUCUCUCACGACAACCGAGACCACAUAGCCCGAUCAGAUUGAACAGUGUCACUGCCGCGGAUAGACGUGCGCGGCUACAAGAGGCGCUGAUAAAACUUGCAGACCUCGUGGAUGAUACAUCUAUCGCUGUGCGAGAUCCGAUGAGCUCGCUCAGUUUUUCGUGUGUCAGUCCGGAGGUGCUGCAAAAUCAGCACGAUGUCCUUCGAAGGCAAAUGUUAGAUGAACACUUGGCAUUCUCGCCACUUGGGAUGGACGGACGACCAUGUCGGAGAUUCUCUGAACGUUACAAUGAUCACUGGUUCCAGGCCGAAAAGGAUGAGGACCACUAUAAGCCGAUGCAUCUCAACAAGGAAGAAAAACUCAAGGCAUUGGAGAAUCUCGUCACGCAGACAGAGAAUCAGUCACAUACAUCCGGCAAGGACGGCGGAUACCUCUCUGCGCAGGAACCUGUCUCGAGCGAGAUUGCACGCACCGGCCGCCUGCGACGUUCAACUAUUUCAAAACACGUCGUCGAGAAGGCAACAAUUGGCGGCUCUGGCGGAGGCUUCGCACCCACGAUUAUUUCGAAUACCCUCCAUAUGAGCAAGCUACGGUUCUAGUCCCUGUGGAUUCUGAGGCCUGUUUACUUAUAUCUCGGAGGCUUUGCCUGCAUCAGGGUCUGUUUUCCUUUCGCUAUGGCGUCCGCAGCAUGCUUUGUCCUUCGUGUUUUGCUCAAUACCUUUAAUCCUUCCUGCCCACUUCAUCAGGCACCUCCAACUAACCUUUCUCACACACGCCAGGUGUCGUCUGUUUAUGUGACAUUGGGCCUUGUUCACUUAUUCAUUUUAUCUGCUUGCUACCUGUAUCCUCUUUUUUCCUCGUCUUUCCCGGAACUUUCUCCUCUACACUCCCUAUUUUAUAGCAGAACGAUACCACUUCUCUUAUCUUCCUCGCUAUGGGACGCUGGUCCGAAAGCUUCCUUGCCUACAACGGUCGUAUAUUCUUCUUACACCUCGCACUAUUCGAUCACACAUCUCUGCCCCCGCUCACCCGACUUAUUCACGACAUCAGGCCUAGGCUAUGGCCAUUCGACGACUUAUGUUGUUUCUCAGGUUU